AGCAAGGCCAUUAAGUUUUGCGUAUGAAGAUAUAACAGCACAUCCAAACGGGGCACCCACUGUAGCUCGUAAUGGCCAUAUGAGUAAUGGCUCUUGUACAGGAAACGAUGCAAAUGAUCAAGCAAAGGCGAAUGCCUCACUAAUUGCUGAAACUAUUGAGCAGAUCGAUAAACUUGGCUCGGAACUUGAUUCCUAUUGUAACACAACACCUGUUUCUAUGACACAUCAAACGAUUCGCAUUCGUUCGGGUAGCUGCAAACCCCCGCCACCACCAGAACGUCGCAAUUCGACAAUCACCGCGGCAACACCAACAGCGCCAUCAGUCGCUGAGAUACGGGCCGCUGGCGGCACCACAGCUUCAUCUGAUUAUGCAUCAUCAAUUGCUUCAUCUGGUGAAUUUGCUCGUGACCAGUUUUCGAUGCGAUACGUUUAAAUGGUGUGUUAUUGUUGCAAUGUCAUACCGUAACAGCUUUU